GCUAAGUAAUUACCUUAAUCUGACAUAGGAAGGUAUGAUCCUUUUACCCCCUUUUUUCUUGUUCAUGUGCUAGCCGGAUAUAUUGUACUCAUAGAUGUCUUGGUUCUAUGUUUUGUUCGGUCUCACGUGCUUCAGUUUCGGUAUGAGCUUCAUACUAAUUUUGAUAUAUUCAUGAUUUACUUACGGGUUAAAUCAAUCACAAAAAUGCUAAUAUUUCCAACAGUAUGACUAGCCUUAGCAAAGAGAUGAUCUCCCAUUAAUUAUAAGAGCAUGCGUACAUCAAUUGCUAGAAGUAACACCAAAAGCUCUAUAAUAUGCUUUUUCUAAUCGUCGCUAAAUGAUGUGAAAUUUACAACGACUGUAUAUCUGUAUAGAGGUUCAAUGGAUUAAAUUCCUAGUGUCCAUGUUUAGUCAAGCAUGAGUGUGACAUUUCUCAAAAUUAAAUUGAAAAAAAUAAAUGAGUGUUACAAGACGAGACUGUCCUAUCGAGCUUUGUAAUCGUAGGAUCGGGGAUUAGUCUACGGUCUUUGUCUACUCGCACAUUGUGUGUGUGGUCCUUGUCAAUUCCAUGCGCGCACGGCAUAUGUGUGUGAAUAUCGUUUCGCGCAACUGCUUGGCUCCUGUCAACUACUUGGUCCAAGUUAGUUUCAGGCUUCCAGCGCCCUGUGCCUGCAAAACUCGCCCUGCACGCUGCUUCCUGGGUCAUCCAAGCAAAGUCCGAGGCAGUACAAGCAGUCGCAACUCGCAAGUGAGUAAAACAAAAGCCGCCUCCAAUAGUUCGUCACACGUUACUUGUACCGUUAAAAUAAAAUUGCAUUUGUUUAACUUGAAGGCGUGCAGGUCCGUCAGAUCCGUGAAGAUGAGUCGAUUUGGCGCGGAGUUGUAUCUGCUGCUUCUCGUACUCAGGACGCCAUUCCUGGGUGCUGCAAACGGCGUCGGAAGAAGACAGGACGCCGGGAAUAGGACGCUUCCCUCCGCAGCCACGCUCGCUGACUGUCCGAAGCGCUGCGGCAAUCUCACCUUUGACUACCCCUUUGGCAUCGGGUCUGGCUGCUUCCGCAAUCCUGACUUCGAGCUCACCUGCGAUGACACCGCUCAGCCGCCCAAGCUGCUCUUGAACGAUGGCACAACUCAGGUUGUCGACUUACUCAUGGAUCUUGUUGGAUCGGAUGAUCUCUACUACGACACAGUUCGCAUCGCCUUUUCCCUUGAAAUUCUGCUGAUAUCUGGUGUCGAUGUCUACCCCAUGUCCUGGAAAACCCCAGGGCGGUCUUUCAAUACCCGGGGUUUCAUGCUGAACAUCACUGGUUGCGAUUUCGAUGUGUACAUGGUGGACAAUUCAAACGAGGCCACACUGCGCUGCACAACUUCCUGCCCGGAUGAACGGAUCACGGAGGCUAUGGCUAAAGAGAACUGCAAUGGCACCGGGUGUUGCUACUUCAUUGAGGAUGCUGUCCUGACAACCAUCAAGCUUAGGUUUGAUCGUCACAACAAAACCAAACUUAAACCGCUCGAUGGGGGAUCACUGUGGGACAGAAUUACAUUAAGUUCCGACCAAACCGACCUCUCAUGGGCCAUUGUGGAUCAACCGAACUGUGCAAGCACAGAGGGAAAUAAGUCAAAUUACGCAUGUAUCAGCAGCGACAGCAGCUGCACCGACCAGGGUAACUUGUUGAUAAAAUAUGGGUACAUCUGCCGCUGCAAUGAUGGUUAUUUUGGGAAUCCCUUCAUUCUACAUGGUUGCUCACGAGACAAAGGGUACAAUCCAACCGAACGAAGGGCUAGCUGUGCACGUUCCUGUGGGAACAUUAGCAUUCCUUUUCCAUUUGGCUUGGAAGAAGGUUGUUUCGCGAGGAAAGAAUUUUUCCUAAACUGUACAAACAUAUCUUAUGUCACCCUGGGUUACACUGUCCAGGUGACCAACAUAAACAUCAACGAAGGUUUCAUCCAGUAUAGAUCAAUUGACACAAGAGAGCUUAGUGAUGGUGAAGGUCCGGAACUUUAUGUCGAUUCUGGUGAAUCAUCGUCCAUGCAAUGGGCUGUUGCUAACUUAACCUGCUCAGAGGCACAGCAGAAUACCUCUGGAUACGCAUGCGUGAGUACAAACAGCAUAUGUAUACCGGUCAACAUAACUGAGGAUUUCACAUACAACAUAGGCUAUCGAUGCAAAUGUUUGGAAGGUUUCGAGGGGAACCCGUACGUACGAAAUGCUUGUACAGAUGUUGAUGAGUGCCUCCAGCCAAAUAUUUGUACCGGAAUAUGCCAUAAUACGAUAGGAGGCUUCUAUUGUAGUCGGUGCCCCCACAAAACCGAGUAUGAUGCUGCAAAAAUGAAGUGUUCCCCAACAAAGCAACAAAAAUUUCUCUUGGGCAUCAUCAUUGGACUGUGCAGCGGACUAGGAGCUGUACUUCUCAUCUUAUUUGGGAUAUUCCUUAUGGGUAGAUGGAAAAGAGACAUAAAGAAGCGACUAAGAAGGAACCAUUUCCAGAAAAACCAAGGGAUUCUACUGGAACAAUUAUUGUCACCGCUGGAAAAUGCAAGUGACACCACUAAGAUUUUCUCCUUAGAGGAGCUUGAAAAGGCAACAGAUAAUUUUGACCCCACACGUAUCCUGGGCCAUGGAGGACAUGGUACUGUUUACAAAGGAAUCUUAUCUGACCAGCGUGUGGUGGCCAUUAAAAAGUCUAAGGUCAUUGAGGUUGGUCAGAUCAACCAGUUCAUCAAUGAGGUUGCAAUCCUCUCUCAGAUAAAUCACCGAAAUAUUGUUAGUCUGUUUGGAUGUUGUCUGGAAACGGAAGUCCCAUUGUUGGUAUAUGACUUUGUCUCCAAUGGUUCCUUGUUUAAACUUCUUCAUGGCAAUUUGACUAGAGAAUUCUCUUUAUCUUGGUCUGACAUCCUAAGGAUUGCCACAGAAACUGCGGGAGCUCUUUGCUACCUUCAUUCUUCAGCAUCGGUGUCAAUAUUCCACCGUGAUGUAAAAUCAUCAAAUAUACUUUUGGACGAAGACUACACCGCUAAAGUUUCAGAUUUUGGUGCUUCCAGAUUGGUUCCGAUUGAUCAAACCCAUGUUGUCACAAACAUACAGGGUACAUUUGGAUACUUGGAUCCAGAGUAUUACUAUACUGGCCAUCUGAACGAGAAGAGUGAUGUCUAUAGUUUUGGUGUGGUGCUUCUGGAGCUACUUAUUAGAAAGGAGCCUGUUUUUACAAAUGAGUCUGGUAUAAAGCAAAGCUUGUCAAAUUACUUUCUAUGUGAGAUAAAGGUGAGGCCAAUUACAGAGAUAGUACAUGGCAAAGUUCUUGAGGAAGCAACUGAGGAAGAGAUAAAAAAUGUUGUCUCUCUUGCGGAAAUGUGUUUGAAGGCACGGUGUCACGAAAGACCUAGCAUGAAGCAAGUGGAGAUGGCGCUGCAGUUUUUGAUGAGAAAGGGGCUGAACUCAUGUCUGGUAGAUCAUGGAAAAGAAGAGAUGGAACAGUUUCUAACUGCAGGAACUAGAUCAAUUUCUGACUCGUUGCCUGCUGACCUCAAUAACAGAGCUAAUUCAUCAUCUAAAUGCAGCGACAGAUGCUAUAGCUUGGAGCAGGACAUUUUGCUCUCAGCUACUUUACCGCGCUAGCUACAUAUACUGCUUUUGAGUCUUGGAACAUUGGUGACAUAUUCAAGAUCCCAUUAUCGCUUGUUUACAUAUACGGUGCAGCAGGGGCGGAUCCAGUGGGGGUGCCGUGGCGCCCCCUAUAAAAUUGUACACUAUAUUUCUUUUUUGUAUUUAACACUAAAUAGUUAUCAAAGUGAUGCUAUUUUAAGACUAUUUAUUGAUACUACAAUGA